GUGAGUCAGUAAACUGCAAAACAUUUUGCUCUCUAGCUUCUGCGUGCCAAAUUACCGUUAGCUCUUGAUUUAUUUGCGUUAUUAUUUUUUUUUUACAAGAGUUAUAUUUUGCUGUUCCUCUCACGGAGCAUUGUUGCACCGGUUUGCUUCAACAUAUUAAUUUGCUAGCUAGUUAGUCAAAUUAUGGCAGUAAUCUGUUUUCCAUCUUUCCCAUCAAAAAGUUGAAAGCUGACUGCAGUUGGUGUUCAUGACGUCGACCAAUGUUCGUGUUGACGCACUCAUUUCAACAAACUCAAACCCCAUUUAAUGUGUAUUAUUUUUCUUGCGUGACACCUCUUUCCGAACUGAUGUUAUACACGUUCCUUUUAUUGACAUUGAAAGUUCUCCGCCCACUACUUAUACAAUGUUGCACACGUCACCAGACAUAUUUGUUUAUCAUUCAAUUAAUAGUAUUUUUGCUUUAUAUACUUGAGUAUAUUUGGCUUUUGUAUUGUUAUUCGUGUGGUCUUUUGUAGCACCAAGGGCAAUUUAGUACUGUACCGUAAUUUCAAUCCUCUGUAUGUGUUAUGCAUAUUGAAAAAUUGGAAGAUAUUCUCAGAUGAACCCUGAACUGGUUGCCAGCCAAUCGCAGGGCACAUCGAGACAAACAGCAAUAGUCACAAUCACACCUAGGGGCAAUUUAGAAUGUCCAAUUAAUAUAUCGGAAAUUCCGCUUACUAUUGUUUAAAAAAAUACAAAUAUUGGUGCAAAAAAUACUGAACGUCUGUAAUGAAUUUUGCUUUUCAGCACCAUAAUAGAGAUCAGCAAGUGGAACAAAAAGUGCUGAAACAUUCAACACUUGGACACGUGCAUUCAAAGGCUCAAAAUAAAGUUCACCUCACCUUUUGUCAACUCUUGUCCGACAUCUCGAAUAUGGAUGCAGAAAUGGAUUCUCAGAGGAGCGUGACUGGCGAUAGCCAAUCUGAUGGCGGAUCGGCUGAGCUCGUCUGCAGAACCCAAGAAGGAGGCUGUUUUCUACAAGGAGACACCGAUUCUCAAAAUUUAAUGGACUGCGGGUCUUUAAGUGAGCUCAGCGAGCCUCCACUUGUGAGCAUUUCAGGUAGUCCAGGCCCUGCGCAGUGUCCUAAUGGACAAAAAUCCAAGAGGCCCGGUUCUCCCGGGCCUCACCCCGUGAAAACCACCCAGGUCGCCGAUCCCAGACCGGCCUGCCACGUCAGUCCGAGGAAGGGCCCGUUGUCCGACGACGUGGAGAUGCAAAGUCCCGUCGGUCAAACGUUGCUCGUCAACAGCUUGGAAGAAGACGGCAGCGCUUGUGGAAAAGAGCGCGGCGAGACUCGGAGAGACAAAUCUCGCCGCUUUGUUUCAGAGGCUGACUGCGAACGUUCGGCCUUGGGAGCUGGCGACGCCGUGGCGGCGGACUGUAGCGACCUAUCCGAUUUAAGACAGGAGUUGAUUACCGACCAGUCGGGUCCCCCUUGUGAAAGCAUCCCCUCCCCUGUGCGCGACGUGACCCGAAGGUGGCUCGGGACCCCGAUAGAUGAGCUCAACAGGAUGCCCCAGUGCGCUCCCCCCUUGUCUCACCUGAAAGUCACCCCUAGCCACACCGUCACAGUUCGGACAGAUCUCCUCAGAGAGGGGGAGGUGCCCGUCCCGUACCCCGGCAAGUUCAAAGACGUGUGGGAUGACGUGUCCGUCAAAAUGCCUUGCUCUGAGAAGAAUCUGUUUCCGGUGGAGACGGAGGAUGGAGGCGGUGUCCAGAGUCGCUGGGAGUUAAUCCACUCGGCCUUGCAAGGGGGGUUCAAAAGUUCUCUGGAUGUGAGGGAUGCCAUCUUGAGAUACAACACAGCGCACGCAAAGAAAUGGGACUUCACCGCCCUCAACCUUCUUUGCACAGAGUGUCUGGAGCAUUGCGAGGUUCAGCACCUUUACGAGGUCGUGCUGCCUGCCAUGGUCAAGCUGGCACUCAGUGCGCCACGCCUCUGCACGAUGCCAAUCCCCCUGCUGAAGUCACGGAUGAACCAUUCCCUGACGAUGUCUCAGGAGCAGAUUGCCUGCCUGCUGGCAAACGCCUUCUUCUGCACGUUCCCGCGGCGCAACUCCCGCAAAUCGGAGUACUGCAACUACCCCGAGAUCAACUUCUACAGGUUAUUUGAAGGCUCCUCGCCGCGAAAAAUCGAGAAGUUAAAAACCCUCAUCUGCUACUUUAGGAGGGUUUCACAGACCAGACCAAAGGGCCUUGUGACGUUCACAAGACAAACAAUGAACGCACUUCCGACCUGGGAGAACUGCCAGACUGAGCUGACGCGCUUACAUAUCACUUGUGAGGGAACAAUUGAGGAUGAUGGUUACGGUAUGCUGCAGGUGGACUUUGCAAACCGAUUCGUGGGCGGCGGCGUCACGGGCCACGGCCUGGUCCAGGAGGAGAUUAGGUUCAUCAUCAACCCCGAGCUCAUCGUCUCCCGCCUUUUCACUGAAGCUUUGGAACACAACGAAUGCCUCAUCAUUACAGGUGCCGAGCAGUACAGUCGCUAUUCCGGCUAUGCCGAAACUUACAAGUGGGCCGAGAUCUACAAAGAUGAGACUCCCAGGGACGACUGGCAGAGACGAUGCACGGAGAUUGUGGCCAUUGACGCUCUGAAAUACAAAAACUUCUUGGAACAAUUUCUACCUGAAAAGAUGACCAGAGAGCUCAACAAGGCGUACUGUGGAUUCUUCCGAAAUAAUGCCAACAGAAAGCACCUGUCUGCAAUAGCCACCGGCAACUGGGGCUGCGGCGCUUUCGGCGGAGACACGCGACUCAAAGCGCUGAUUCAGCUGAUGGCGGCGGCGGAGGCGGGCCGGGACCUGGCGUACUUCACCUUCGGAGACGCUUCGCUCAUGCGAGAUGUUCACCACAUGCACGCUUUUCUGACUGAGAGACAAGUCACUGUGGGGAGGCUGUACGGCCUUUUGAACCAGUACUCCAGCCUGGUUUGCAAGAACUGCCGCACGACGAGACCCCACGUCAGCCUCUACGAUUUCAUCUAUCGGAGGGUCUCUUCCCCUGCGACCGCCGACGCCUUGGACACCGCUAAGGAUUCUGGGAUGUCCCCUAUAACAUCAGACUCUCAUUUAAAAAAAAAUAAAUGAAAAAAUAAGAAACGCAAUUAAAAAAAAAUGUCAAAUCGAGGGGCCUCCCCGUACUUCCCUCCUCGAGGUCCAGAAAUCUGUCGUGUGCUUACAAUCACUCUUACAGGUGCAUCUCAAUCAUUAAAAUAUUAUUAAAAACAUCAAUUUCAGUAGUUAUGCGGCCUUUUUUUUUUAUAUACAAAUGUUCAGUGUUAAGAACUGAGGCCUGUGGCGAAUAGCGAAAAUCCGCAAAUAUUUGACACCUCCGCUAAAAAAGGAUAUGGCGAUCAUUGCCUAUAUUUGAUACAAGCUUAAUACAUCACAUUCUAUUUAAUUACAUUAUUGGGUUUUAUAACAUUCAACAUAAUAAGAGUGCUAUUUCUCUUGAGUGGCAAAAGCUACAACCGAUUAAUGGCAUUUACAUUCAUUACAAUGGGUAACAAUGAUUUGAGCUAGAAAGGAACAAAUUACACUGAAAUCUCAAGGCAGCACUGUACAUGUUUUUAAAGGGUAUUUUUUUUCAAAGCCUGCAUUUUUUUGUAUUAUUCCUCACUAUUUUAUAUAUAUAUAUAUAUAUAUUUAUAUUAUUCCUCAUUAAGUGUGUCGUGACAUGGCGACAAUCAGAAAAUGCGCAUCCCCGGUGACAACAGUUGAGAAUGACACCACACCACCAUGGUGCUAUGGUAUGGUAAUUGUUAGAUUAGACACGGCUUUGGCCUGAACACAAAAACAACAAAUAGGCGAAUUUUCCAGCGAGUAACAAAAGUGGCGUUCCGAGAACAAUCCACCACUAAGCAAAUUCGAAAAUAGCUAAUCGGGAAUCAUUACUACAUUUUUUUGUACGUGUAUAAUUUUGAUGACAUUGCCUGAAAACAAUCAACAUAUAAUUACAUAUUGUUAGAUAUCCAUAUUUACUGAAUAGCGUAACUGUCAAAAGUAUUUUUUAACUUACUCCCACCAUCAAUUAAAAAAAUCGGGCGAGAUUCUUGGUAAAUCCGCAAAGGGUGAAUGAACCCGGACAAAUGUUUUCCCUGAUUAACGUAAAAUAAUAACUUGGGCAAUUUUGCCAACGAUAAACAAUCACUGAUUUUUAAUUUACUGUAGAAAUUAGCUUGAUUUUUUUUUUUUUUUCGUUUUGUUUAAUGACUGUAAAAUAGAUCUUUGACUUUUUGAAUUAAACUAUUGAACUGUAUGAACUCGUCUACAAUAUAAUUUUUUUUUUUUGAAUUGAGAUGCACCUGUACACACACUCCCUUUAAGUUUCUGAUUUCCCCAAAACGCAAGCUACCAAAAAACAAAACAACAACAAAAAACCUGCCUUGCCUUUCUCGCGGGUGACGGGGGUGCAUUCCAGGAGCCUUGUGCUGAAAAUGUGGUGAAAAGUUUGCAAUUUCUAGCAAUUUGCCAAGUCUUGCCGACGGAAGUCAAUUUUUCAAAUCGCUUCUGCUUUGAUGACAUGCAAAUGUCACUUUUCCAUUGCGAACCGGCUCGACGCAGGUCCAAUCUCCGUGUUUUUGGGGCAGAAAACUGCAAACAAAACAAACCCCCAACCCCCCCCAAAAAAGGGCAUUGAAAAUAUCUGUCCUCUUUGGGUUUUUUCCGGGUGCUCCCAUUUCCUCUCGCAUCCCCAAAACACGGUACGGUAGGUUGUUUGAAGACUCUAAAUUGCUCGUAGGUGUGAAUGUGAAUGGUUGGUUGUUUGUGUGCGUCCUGCGAUUGGCUGGCGACCAGUCGAGGGUGUACCCCCGGCACACCCGAGAAGUGGUGUAGAAAAUGGAUGGAUAACUGAUUUCGAAGGGAUACCACAGACAAUGUUGGUGGCUCACCUGUUGGCCUUCUGAGGUCCCGGGUUCGAUCCCGGCCCCGCCUGUGUGGAGUUUGCGUGUUCUCCCCGUGCCUGUGUGGCUUUUCUCCGGGUGGGCACUCGGGUUUCCUCCCACAUCCCAAAAAACAUGCGACAUUAAUUGGACACUCGAAAUUGCCCCCGAGGUGUGAUUGUGAGUGCGGCUGUUUGUCUCCAUGUGCCCUGCGAUUGGCUGGCGACGAGUUCAGGAUGGACCCCGCCUCCUGCCCGUUGACAGAUGGGAUAGGCUCCGGAACUCCCCGCGAACUUUGUGAGGAUAAGCGGCUAAGAAAAUGGAUGGAUGGAAAUGGAAUUAAUAUUUAGCGACAAGAUUUCGGCUGUUAUGAGGUUAUGUAACGAGGUCUGGGUCUUGGGGUCGCUAAGGAAAACUCUUAUCCGAGAGGAGACUGAGGGCCCCCUGCAGCCAACUGGAGACUGUGGAGUUUAUCAGUAAUGAAUAUUUUUGUCAUUUCUAGAAAUCCUCAAAAGGCCACAAUGACAAAUUACUCAACCUGUGAGCAACCAAGAUUAUUUGUCCUCUCAUCAACUAGAAGCCAGGUACAAUGAUGCUAAUCAUAUUUGGCGAGUCUGUACCGGCGGUGGAAAAUGGCUGCCAAAAUACGGGCGAUACGAUGAUUUGACGGUGCUUGAUGAUUGUUGUCAGUAUUCUCUUCUGUUUUAGUGAAGGAGGCCGUGAGGGGGCUGCGCCGUCGGCUAUGCACAUGUAUCUCGGAAAGUAUUCCACGCGUAUUUUUUAGAGCAGGGGUGUCAAAGUCGUUUUUUUCUCGCGGGCCACAUUGUUGUCCCGGUUUCCCCUUCAGAGGGCCGUUUUGACUGUGGAACAAACAUAUUCAAUCAUCUCACAAUAUUGACAUCAUCAAUUUAUGAACUAGUUUUGGAGUCAGAAAUCAAGGGUGAUGUGUUUUUCAACUAUUCACGUUUGGUAACAAUAAAAAUGCUUGUAAUAGCUCAACUUUAUCAUUUAUGAUAUGUGACAAUUUGAAAUUUUUGGUACAGAUUUUGACUAGAAUCGCAGAAAUUGACACUGUUGGUUUGGCUUCGCGAGCCAGAUAAAAUCACAUGGCGGGCCAGAUCUGGCCCCCGAGCCUCGGGUUUGACACCUGUCUUUUCGGGCUUGACCCUGCUCAAAUGACAACCGCGGCUGACUUAUAAUUCUUUGAAUAAAUAAAAAUCAACAACACCAUCCCCGCAUUAUGUAUGAACCGUGGGGUGAAAAAAAAAUGUCACGUUACUUUUUUUUUUUUUUUUUUUUUUUACACAUUUUUUUGCUAUCACAUACCGUGACUGAUGUACGGACACUAUUUAAUGAUGCUUUGACAACAUAUCCAGGAACGGCUGUAAAUGUACAUAACAUAAUAGUGGCGAGCUGUAGCUUUUUAUUCUGGUUUGUUGAUUAAAAUUUAUCCCGACCAAGUCGUGUUCCUCCACCGCCGUCGCCGUAAUUGAAUGAUUCGCGGCUUUUAUCGCGGGCACCACGAUCGGCACGGCGGAUCCGU